CAGCUGCCGCACGGCUCGCGCGGCGGACGUUCGUCAUCUCAGGGCGACCCUCAUGAUUCUUGCUUCGCGCCAAGCCGCUGCUGUUGAAACGGUUUACUGACUUUCCUGAAGAAAUAACCUGCAACUAAAGCUGCGAGAAAAACCACCUAUUCACCAUGGACAUCAGGCGGUUCUUUGCACCGGCCGCAGCCAAACCUGCGGUGCAGAGACCCCAGAAUGGAAACCUAAAAGCGGAGGACAAGAAGAAGAGGGACAAGUCUAGGUCUCCAGAUGAGGAGGUGAAACAGAAAAAGAAAGACAACUCAAAGGUCAAAGGCUCCAAAAUGGAGGAGAAACGCCACGAUGGUGAGAAAAAAAGGAAGAAGCGUGCCAUCAUAGAGUCAGACUCGGAGGAGGAGCAGCAAGUGAGGAAGUCAAAGAAAUCGCCCAAAGAGAAGCAGAAGACCAGAAAGGUGGUGCCACCUCCCAAAGAAGAUCCUGUGCAGUACGUCUCUGAAACAGACUCGGACAGUGACAACUUUCUAUCCUUGAAGAAAGUUUCCAAAACCAAGCAGGACACGGCGUUCAAACAAACAAAGUCUGGGCCCAAAGAGGAAGUGAAGACUCCUGUGAAGUUGUCGUCUACACAGGGGAAAUCUGGACUCAAAUCUCCUCCAGUGGCCGCAACCUCAAAGCUAGUCCAGCCACCUCAGCCCAAACAAACCCCCACAUCAGUAUUUGACUACUUUGGCAGCGGGAAUAUUCAGCGCUCAGACAAGAAGCUGGUAGCCAGCACUAAAAGAAAAGCUCCAACUGAGGACAUGCAUGAUCUGAUCAGUGACGAGGAAAUUGCCAGACAGCUGCAGAUGGAGGACGACGUGGAGCUGGAAAAGCAGGUCCAUGAGGACAUGGAAUUUGCCAAAACUCUAGCCAUGCUGGACAAGGAGCCACAGGCCAAGAAAGCUCGUACAGGCUCAGGUGAAAAACAAGCACUUGCUGCAAAUCCCAAAAAGAGCAGCUCAGACUCCGCUGCUGGCAGCACAAGCAGCACUUCGAAGAGCAGGCGGAACAUGUCAGAGGAUGUCAUCAGCCCGUCUCCAAAGAAGAAAGUUUCCCCAAUCAAAGCAAGCUCCAGACUGGCUAUGAUGAAGAAAAUGGAUGAAGAGAAGAACAUUGGGCCAAACGUCAAAGCCCACAUUUCACCCACAAAAAUUAAAACCUCACCCAGAAUGGAGCCACUCGCUUCAUCAAGCUCAGACAUGAAGUUUACACCCAAAAUGGCAACAACACCCACUUCACUUAAAACAUCUCCCAAGAAACCAGAGAGCACAAGCACAAGCCCUGACGACGGUGAGAAGAAGAAAAACUCUACAGCAUUCAGGAACUACCUCAACAGAGAUGGACCACGUGCUCUGGGCUCCAAAGAAAUCCCACAGGGAGCAGAGAACUGUUUGGAGGGCUGUGUGUUUGUGUUGACGGGGGUCCUGGAGUCCAUGGAGAGAGAUGAUACCAAGUCACUCAUCGAGCGCUACGGAGGCAAAGUGACAGGCAAUAUCAGCAAAAAGACGACCUACCUGGUGCAGGGCAGGGACAGUGGAGUCUCAAAGCUUGAGAAGGCUGAAAGUUUGGGUACCAAGAUCCUGGAUGAGGAUGGUCUGCUGGAUCUGAUCAGAACCAAACCUGGGAAGAAGUCCAAGUAUGAGAUUGCUGCGGAGGCAGAGAGCAAAGCCUCAAAAACGAGGUCUACCCCCACUCAGAAGUCAAAGGUCACCCCCACAGCCCAGAAGAUCUCUCCUUCCAAAGGUAAUUCCAGGUCUCCUCACACUCCGAGCCCAUCAAAGACUGGUCUGACACAAGGUUACAGUAGCAAGAGGGGAGUUGGUGUCACUCCACCUGGGAGACGCUCAGGUCAGAGGGCUCGGAGGGAGCUGGGUCUGUCCUCCACUUGUUUACCUUCAGCUUCAGACUCUCCAUCAACGGCCGGAGAGGAUCCCAGUCUGCUCUGGGUGGACAAGUAUCGCCCACACUCUCUGAAGACAGUAAUUGGCCAGCAGGGGGAGCAGAGCUGUGCCAAUAAGCUGCUGCGGUGGCUGCAGAACUGGUACAAGAACAACAGUGGCUCUGCCUCCAAAGCACCAGCGAGGUUUGGUAAGUUUGGAGGGAAAGAUGAUGGAUCAGGAUUCAAAGCUGCUCUGCUCUCUGGACCUCCGGGUGUGGGGAAGACCACCACUGCAGCCCUGGUCUGUGAGGAGCUGGGUUUCAGCUACGUGGAGAUGAAUGCUAGCUGUACUCGCAGUAAAAACAGUCUGAAGGUAGUAGUCGCAGAGUCACUUAACAACACCAGCAUUGAGGGCUUCUACAAAGGAAUGUCUCAGACGGUGAGCAAUAAACACAUCCUGAUCAUGGAUGAGGUUGAUGGCAUGGCUGGCAAUGAGGACCGUGGAGGAAUCCAGGAAAUGAUCGGCCUGAUCAGAACUUCAAAAAUUCCUAUCAUCUGCAUGUGCAACGAUCGUAACCAUCCGAAGAUCAGAUCACUGGCCAACUACUGCUAUGAUCUGCGUUUCCAGAGGCCGCGAGUGGAACAGAUCAAGGCAUCCAUGAUGUCCAUUGCUUUCAAAGAAGGAAUCAAAAUCCCGCCCCCAGCUCUUAACGAAAUGAUCCUCGCUUCCAAUCAGGAUGUACGACAGGUGAUCCACAACCUGAGCAUGUGGUCGGCUAAAGACAAGGUGAUGACGUACGACCAGUGCAAGUCUGACGCAGCCAAUGCCCGCAAGGACAUGAAACUGGGGCCAUUUGACGUUUGCAGGAAGGUGUUUGCCUUGGGGGAGGAGACUGCGCACAUGAGCUUCAUUGACAAGUCCGACCUCUUCUUCCACGACUACUCAUUAGCACCGCUCUUCGUCCAGGAGAACUACCCUCAUGUUCGUCCAGCAGCUGCUGGUGGAGAUCUGAAGUCCCACCUGGUGUUGCUCAGCAAGACAGCGGACUCCAUCUCUGACGGAGACCUGGUGGACAGACGUAUCCGCUCUGCACAGAACUGGUCACUGUUGCCUACCCAGGCCGUAUAUGCCAGUGUGUUACCAGGUGAGCUCAUGAGAGGCUACAUGAGUCAGUUCCCAACAUUUCCCAGCUGGCUCGGCAAAAACUCCUCCACCAACAAACAUUCCCGAAUCGUUCAGGAGCUGGCUUCACAUAUGAGCUUAAAGACGUUAAGCAGCAGACAGGCAGUGAACCUGGACUACCUGCACUACCUGCGUCAGGCACUGCUGAGCCCACUUCAGAAGCGUGGAGCAGAGGGUGCUGGAGAAGCUGUGCAGCUGCUGGACGACUACCAGCUUAUCAGAGAGGACGUGGACAACAUCAUGGAGAUCAGUGUCUGGGGUGGAAAACCUGAUCCCUACUCCAAACUGGACCCCAAGGUAAAGGCAGCUUUCACACGCACGUACAACAAAGAAGUCCACCUGACGCCAUACUCCCUGCAAAUCGUGAAGAAGGGACGCCGUGGUGGAGGUGAAGGAGAGUCAGAGCUGGGAGGAGAGGACAUGGACAACGAACCUCAGGAGCCUGAGGGUGAAGAAGAAGGCCUGAAAACAGAUGCUAUGAUUAAACAGAAGAAGGCAAAGGCCACCAAGGAGACGAAGAAGGAGAAGAAAGAAGAUUCUGGGAAGGGCAAAGGAAAGGGGAAAGGCAAGGCUAAGAAAUGAUGGGAGGAAAACAAACUUCCCUUCUGCCUAAAACUGCUCUCACAGAAUGAAAUAUCUUUCUCUGCACUUACAAAGAUCUUUAAAUGAACAUUGGAAGGAAGUAACUGAGAGAUGUUUUAAACUUCCUGUCAAAACUUUCCAAAUGAUGCCCACAGUCUGCUCGUGGACAGUCUGUUAUCAUGUCUCUCCUCUUGAGUAAGGUGCAUCGAAUCAGGAGCAUUUCUUCAGUCAUCUGUGGUCCAGGUGUCGCGGCUGUAAAUAAUGUGACUGUUACCUUUUGCUAACAACAACAGUAUAUUAGUACUUCUGCUUUGGUUCUACGGUUAGCAGCACUAAUGACUGUAAAUUUAAACUCUGUAAAAAUGUCAUGAGAAUUAAUAGAUAAAUAUGUAGCUCAUGAGUGUCGA